AUGGCUUGCUUUUGGUAUAAUCAAAGAGAAACAACAAUAAACAUUUUUUCUACCAAAGAAGUAAACAAUGUUACUUUUUACAAUAUAACAGUCACUGUGGGGGACUUUCAUUGGACAGUCGAACAUCGUUAUAGUGAAUUUUAUGAUCUGCAUAAUCAACUAGUAAUAGAUCAUGGGGUGUCGAAAGAGAUUUUACCUUGUAAGAAAGUUAUUAGAAAUAAAUGCCCCACUUUUAUUGAGGCUAGAAGAAAAGGGCUAGAGGAAUAUUUACAGAAAAUUCUUAUAUUUUUAAAAAGGACCAUGCCUAAAAUAUUUGUAGACUUUCUAGAAUUUAAUUUAUAUGAUAUAUUCUUUUUACUGCAAGAUUUGUCAACUAAAUUGUUUAAAAAUUCUGACACAAUACUCACAAAGCCAAGUGUUAUGACUACACUUGAGCCUCAUGCUUUAAGUCAAUUCUUAAAGAAACCAUUAUUGGAUCAGACUGAAACAAGAUUUGAUAUAAGUCCUGUUGUGGAUACAUUUUCUCAGCUACAGAAUAUUAAAAUUUGUGGAGAUUCUAAACCUUUUAAACAGAGUAAUAUUGUGUUGAAUAAAUUAAUGUUUGAUCUUUCAUCAUUCAAGGUUGUAAUAAUCUUAACCCUAGAUGAUGUUUGCUUUGAAAGUAUCACUUCAUUGGGAAAUGUGAGAGAAACUGUAAAGAAGCUUCAAGUUAACAAUACAAAAAUAACUUCAAUUUCUCAGGUUUUACAGUGCGACAUCAUUCACAAGGACAAUAUUGAAGGAAGUCAGAAAUGGAGUGCUUUGGAAGAACUAAAUUUGAAUAAAAACAAUAUAACAGAAAUAGACUCCACCAUCAGAUUAGCCCAAAAGUUAGAGAUAUUAAAUUUAAACGAUAAUAAAAUCUCCACUAUCAACAACCUUUCUCAUUUACCAAAUUUAUCAUGUUUAAGUUUAUCCAAUAACCUAAUAACAUUAUGCACAGAUUUGCACACAAAAGUAGGUAAUCUUAGAGUGUUAAACCUGUCACAAAAUAAUAUUUACACCUGUCAGGGAUUUAGCAAACUUUAUUCUUUAGAAACGCUCGAUUUAAGUAGCAAUAAGAUAGUUAAUAUAGAAGACGUUCGAUUUCUCGGAGAUUUGCCGUGUUUAGAAAAUUUGAUAUUAACUGGAAAUAAUGUUGCUACAACUAUUGAUUAUAGGGCUAAGGUUUUAGAAUAUUUCGGAGAUCGUGCUAAGCAUAUAUGUUUGGACAAUGAGAAGCCGAUUCAGGCUGAACUAGACAAGGUUUCUAUAUUAAGAGCUCUAAGAAUUGUUAAGGAGGGAAAGACUCCAGAUUUAAAAACAAAUUUUACUUUUGAAUUAUAUUAA